AUGUAUGUAAGCUAUAAAAAGAAUGAUGGUACACAAGUUAAAGUUCCAUUAGACAACAACUGCUACUUAAACUUAUAUGGAGACGAACAAAAGAAAUAUUUAAGAGUUUAUGAAAUGGCAGAUAUGACAUUGCCUGACCCAGCUCCAGCACCAUAUUAUUAUGACUAUGGAGAUGACGACAGAACACCACAUGUAGAUGAACAAAAGCUAACAUUAUAUUUAGAUUAUUAUAGAUAUAAAAGAUAUAAUGCAAUAGAAAAAACGAGAAUAGUAUAUUAUUAUACAGAUGACAGAAAUAAAUAUUAUAGUCAAGAUUUUACCUACCCUGAAAACAUAAGAUUAUAUUAUAAAAAAUAUUCUGACACAAACCAGAAGAAACCUGAAAUAGUUGCACUAUAUUUUAAGUUCAAAAGAGACAAUCCUAUAAUAUCUCAUAUGUUUGAUUUAAUGAACCCAGUAGGUUCUAUUUAUACAUCUAUGGAAGCAAGAGGUCCUCAAGUAAUGUUUGGUGUUGGUGCAUGGGAACAAAUAGUCGACAGGUUUUUGUAUUGUGCAAACUCUUCAAAGGAAACAGGUGGAAGUAAAACGAUUUCAGGUGAAAAUUUACCUGCACACAGUCACUACAUAGAUUUAAGUACAUCUCAAGCAGGUUGGCAUAAGCAUAGAUAUUGGGAUUGGUCAGGAAUGACAAAAGGUAAAGGAUAUGAUGUUAAAGACGAGGUUAAGUUUGCUAUAAAUUGUUACUGGAGUGACACUCAGGGAGAAGGAAACCAUACACAUUUCGUUUCAGGAUAUACACAAACAACGGGACAAAGUAAAGAAUACAUGCCACAUUACAUGACAGUUUACGCAUGGUAUAGAGUUCAAUGA